UGAGCUGAACAAGAGGUGUCCCGUUGGUUGAAAUCAGAGGGGGAGUAAAUGGAGAAACAGAGAGUGAAAGAAAUAAGGGGCAGAGCAACGAAAGAGCCUGCACAGAUGCAACAAGACUGGGCUGGGACAUAUGGAUGUUUACAGUGUGGAGCUACUGGACUGACACAUCUUUACUGCUGGAACCUGGUGUUAGGAUUCCUGAGAGACUUCGUUUGUGGGGAUUGAGAAACUGGUUUUGACAAACACUACAGUUGGCACCUCUUGUCAGGAUGAGGUCCCUGGCCCUCGGCCUCUUCUGCCUGCUGUGCUGUAAUGCAGUGCGGCUGGACAGACGCCGUCCCAGACCUAGCGCAGCCAAGAGGCAAAAUGAGACUGCUGUCCAAACCAGAGCAGGGGAGAACCCUUGCAAAGCUGUCCCACUGGAUUUCGUGUUUGUCAUUGACAGCUCUAGAAGCAUCCGUCCCCACGACUACGAGAAGGUCAAGACUUUCAUCAUGAACCUGCUUCAGUUCCUUGAAAUUGGCCCUGAUGCUACACGAGUUGGUCUCCUCCAGUACGGCAGCGUGGUCCAGCCCGAGUUCUCCCUCAACACCUACACUAAUAACGUUGAAGUGGAGCAGGCAGUGAGGAGCAUGAAGCACCUCGCCACAGGGACCAUGACUGGGCUUGCCAUCCAGUACACCAUGGAGACUGCCUUCACUGAGGAAGAGGGAGCAAGACCGGCAAACCUGCACAUCCCACGAAUUGCUAUGAUUGUGACGGAUGGAAGGCCUCAGGACACGGUGGAGGAGGUUGCUGCUCAGGCGAGGCAGGCCGGCAUCCAGAUCUUUGCUAUUGGAGUGGGCAGAGUAGAUAUGAACAUUCUGAAGGCCAUAGGGAGCGAGCCACACUCUGAGCAUGUGCACCUGGUGGCCAGCUUCAGCCAGAUAGAAACCCUCGUCUCUGUGUUCCAGUCCAAACUGUGUGGAGGUUCAGAGAUGUGUGCAGUUGUGGACCAUCAGUGUCAUCAUAUAUGUGUCAGCAGCCCUGCCUCGUACAGGUGCAAGUGCUGGGAAGGCUUCACCCUCAACCCUGAUGGCAAGACAUGCAAAGAGAUUGAUCACUGUGCUGAUGGCACCCAUGGGUGUGAGCAGGAGUUUACGAACACUAAAGACUCCUGUGUCUGUAAAUGCAGAAAAGGCUACACACUCAGACCUGAUGGGAAAACCUGCAAGCCUGAGGAUAUGUGUGCUGUUGUGGAUCAUGGCUGUGAACACAUCUGCGCCAGCCUGCCUGAUGGCUUCGAGUGUCGCUGCUGGCCAGGGUAUCAACUCAACAAAGACCACAAGACAUGCAACAAGAUUGAUCACUGUGCUGAUGGCACCCAUGGGUGUGAACAGGAUUUUAUGAACACCGAAGACUCCUGUGUGUGUAAAUGCAGAAAAGGCUACACACUCAGACCUGAUGGGAAAACCUGCAAAAAGACUGAUCACUGUGUUGAUGGGAAACACGGAUGUGAACAGGACUCUAUGAGCACCGAAGAGUCAUGUGUGUGUAAAUGCAGAAUGGGAUACACACUCCGACCUGAUGGCAAAACAUGUCAGAGUCUGGACCUGUGUCAGACAGUGGGCCAUGGCUGUGAGCACCAGUGUGUCAGCACCACUGACUCCUACAUCUGCAGGUGUUUUGAAGGAUUUCUGUUGGCUGAAGAUGGGAAGAGCUGCAGAAAACCAGAGUGUGGCGAUGGAGUCAUGGAUCUGGUUUUUGUGAUCGAUGGCUCUAAGAGUCUGGGCCCGGCCAACUUUGAGCUGAUCAAACAGUUUGUAAACAACAUUGUGGACACAAUGGACAUUUCCAAGACAGGCACACAUGUUGGCCUCCUUCAGUUCUCAACCAAGGUCCGCACUGAAUUCACCCUGGGCCAGUACACCACAGCAGAGGACAUCAAGCAGGCUGUUAGGCGGAUGCAGUACAUGGGGAGAGGUUCUAUGACUGGCUCAGCGUUGCGUCACAUGUUUGAGUCCAGCUUUUCAGUUAAAGAAGGCGCCAGGCCGAACACCCCACGUGUUGGCAUUGUGUUCACCGAUGGAAGAUCACAGGAUGAUGUUUCUGAAUGGGCUAAUAAAGCAAAGAACUCUGGGGUCACAGUAUAUGCCUUGGGUGUUGGCAAAGCCAUUGAACAGGAACUGAGAGAAAUAGCCUCGGAGCCUGCGGAGAAGCACCUUUAUUACGCUGAACAUAUUGAAAAAAUGGGAGAAAUUGCAAAGAAGCUCAAGUCCAGGAUAUGUGACGACAAACUGUCCAGUCAGAAGGCAUGUCAGUGUGAGAAUGUGAUAAUGUUUCAAAACCAGGUCACUGAGACGCUGAAGAAUCUGGAGCAGAAUGUUGAAGCCAUGUCAAAGAAGCUGGAGACACUCGAGAAUCAACUUGUGCUCAAAUGAACAACAGGCUCCAUCCGUGCCUCUUCUAACCUGCAGUGCAGCAUUCACAGAAACCCUUUAAUCCUGUUCAAGAACCUGCAUUGAAACAUAUUCACAUGCAUUGCUUUCUAUUGAAGCUCUAUUCACUUUUAUAUACAACACAAUGUAAUUUUGUCUGUAAUAUUCUUUAUGUAUUGCCAAGUCACGUAAAUAAC